AUGUCGUCGUCUCGGGAUCCGGAUGAUGAAGCCACCAUGGUGGAAAUGGUCACGUCUGGCCGUCGGUUUUACGACGCAAAGCAAUAUAAGCGAGCCCUGGAGCAAUUCACACGAGCCAUGAAAUAUUGCCCUUGCGCUAGAGGCGUCAAACGUGACAAAUGUACGUGCAAAAAUUUUGAAAAGAUUGCUGCCGAAGAUGGAUCUAUCUUUAAAGAAGCCAUGUACACUUGCAAGUGCGAGGUUGGCAAGACUUUUAGCAAAUGCGACAACAAGAAUCACAUUCAGGCGCUAGAUUAUCGGGCGGCCACCUUUGAGGCAUUAGAGAAACUGGACCGCGCCAAGAGAGACGCCGAAUGGAUUUUGGAGCUGGCUCCUCGUCUUCCAGAUGGGUAUCUUCGACUUGGCAAGAUAGCGCGGCUACAAAAGAAUCACGAAUUCGCAUGGAAGAUUUACAAUGCUGGAAUUGAUAUCAACAAAGACAUAGAAGUGGCCUCAUCGCCCAAGCUACAGCAACUUCACAAUGCACGAAAACCACUUCACAAACACUUCUCUAGAAAGAAUCCCCUCCAUUUACCGACGGAAAUUGUCAUGCUCAUAUUUUCAUAUUUGGAAUUCGCUGAAUUACCUCCGUGUUUAGGAGUCUGCAAAUUUUGGAGGCGCACCUUGACAAGCCCAUUACAUGAUCGAUUGUGGAGAACAAUGAUAUUCCCUGGCAGAGGCAUGAAACGUGCUCCACGAUACGAUGCCCUGAAGAAGAUGUUGUCCUGGGCUGGUAAGGGAGGGGCGAGGAAGAUUGUAAUACCACUUCCCAAAGCGUUUCUACUAAACCAACAGAAGUUGAUGCUUUUAUUGCGAGCUUCAACAAGCCUAGAACAUUUGGAAAUUGGUCCGCAGUUUGACAUUCUCGUAUUUCCACCGAACGAGAAUGUGUGGACGAAACUACGGCAUGUAUCCAUCAAUGGUACUGGUGACCCUGCUAAACCGGCUUGGAGCACGCCCGUAAUACCGAUAGGCGGUUUUCCUCUGGCGUUUCUCAAUAACGCUGCUGCGUCAUUGGAGCAUCUGGUACUCACAGGGAUACCAGAGCAAUGGUACAUGACGGACAGCGUGCCUCUACUUCCAAACUUGAAGACUCUGCGGAUGAGCAACAUUUCGACUUUGCGUCAAUCGUUUCCCAUUUUCUUCCUCUCUGAUGCCUUUCCUCGACUGGAACAACUCUGGAUAGGCCCUAACAUCCCAAACCUCGACUCAAAUUCCCUGUUUGGCUGGCGAGAAAAAUGGCACACAAUGUGGAACAAUCUCAAAGUCCUCAUUUUCGAAGAAUCAUCCGUCGUGGGCCCCAUUUCCCAAGUGGAAAACUCGCUGCUCACCCUGCGGCUCCUGACUUGUCUCAACCACGGCAACUCCCUUCAGCACAUCCGCUUCGACAUACCCUUGGAUAACGAAGACCGGCACGGCAGACACCGUGUAUUCAGCAAUACUCGUACAUUAUACGGCGACAUAGACAUACCACAGUACCCCGAAUUUCGAAACCUACACUCACUUACAUCCAAGUCCUUGUGCGUAUCACCAGAUAUACUGCGACUCGUGUUUUCAGACGCUUUGGGCCUUGGCAAACUGCGAUCAUUUGACGUCGUCUUUCCGACAGAAUCUCUCAACGACCGCGUCGGAGACAAGAGCAUCAACCACCUCAAGGGGUGUGAGUGGCUCCGCGGCGCAGCGUCGAUUACAUCCAUGGGCUGUUACAGAUUCCGAUUCCGAACAUACCCGCGCAAUGACGAGGAUCUACCCCUACCUCAAUUUUUAGCGACAUUUCCCAACUUGGAGACGCUGAGCAUUUUCUCGGAACACUACGAGGAGGCUGAAUUUGCAGGCGUAGUGGCAGCGAUUUUGAAAGUGACACAUCUAAAGACCAUUUACACGACGUCGGUGAAAGGUGCGGUCAUGGACCAACUGCGAACCGUGGCAGAGAGUCAAGGUGUCAAAUUGAUAUGGGGACACCAGCCGCAAGCGUGGCCCGUACCCCUGGAUAAAUGA